AUGAAGAUGCAAUGCAAAACGGACGGGUUCGGAAUACAAUGUGCUCGUUGCCGAAACGCCAACGUGGUCUGCAACUACAGCGAAUCCGGCAAGCCAGGAAGACCAGCCUUCAAGACCAACAACUCGGCAGAUCAGACACCAGCAAGUUGGCCAAGUUUGGGCAAUACCAUUGUGGAAGGCGCAUGGACUCAUAAGACGCUUCACGAACAUGGUAGCGCAGUUCAAGGGUCUAUUAGUCUCGAGGCUAUACCACCUGAGUCCUCUCAGACAGUCGCGGAAUGGCAUCCCCUUGCUUUCCCAAGCAGCCCGAGCUCAUUUCUGCACCUUAACAUGACCGAGUCUUUCGGCUCGUCGGAUUGGAACCCCGAAGCCGCGGGAUGUUCCAUACACACGGCUAGCGACGAUCUCGGUGUGCUAGCCGACCCCAACCCGCUCAUAGCCAUCCCGAGGGCGACGGCCUUGCUACCUUUCAAUCGAAAUUGGAUGGAACACCUCGCGCACUUCCACCUAAAGAUAGCUCGCCCAAUGCGUUCAACGGCGUAUCUAGGACCUUCUCAACUUGGGACUGAGGCCGCUCAUAUUCUGCAAAGCUCUUCAGAGUUCCUUGAGUUGGUCCAAAAGCUCGAGUUGGCUGCACUAGACUGCAAGGGACCGGAGCAUCCGCCUCCAAUCGGUACGGCCGUCUAUUUGCAAGUCUGUGCUAUGUCUAUACGAUUGAUCGAGAUGCACUACUGGCUCUACUCAUCGAUUUACCACUGCCUGCAAAGAAGAGAUGCCAACUUCACGGCGCAGGACGGUGUGAUGAGCGACGCUGAGAACGGGCUAUUCAUUUCCAUCGCGGGAGUGGAGCUGAUACCGUCACCCAACCUGAGGCUCCAGAUGCUUCUCCAAACAGCAGUACAUUACCUCAACCGUGUUCAAAAGGCUCGAGGAGGGUUAGAAGCGAUUGCGGCAGAUGCCGCAACUGAUGGACUAGGGUCGCCAUCUCUGGCCUCAGGUUUGGAUAAGUUGGUCAGCAUUGAUGAGAGAAGGACUAUGGUGAAAAUUCAAGCGGUACUAGACAAACUCAAGGAUAUAAGUGCAUUUUCUUUAGAUGCAUUAUCAUAG